AUGAAUUGGAAUUCUUUGCCAAAGAUUGAUGACUCUUCUAAUGAAGAAACUUCAAGUCCACUUUCUAUAUUGGCUCUUAAAUCCAUUCCACCCAUUCCCGCUAAGGAUAUUUACAUAAUGUCACAACUUACUCAAAGUGCUGCAGCUAUUGUGAUGAAACCUGUUAUACAACAAUAUUUAAAUUCUCCUAAUCCAUCAUCAUUAGGUGAAAAAGUCAUUAUGGUUCUAACUUCAAAGGUUGCUCAAAUCCUAUGGAACUGA